AUGAGGGACUUGGGUUUGAAUCCCAGUUUUCUUGUGUAUUACCUGGAAAGGGUUAAUUUCACCACGUCAUUUGGUGAUGAAGUGUCAUUUGAUGAGAACGGUGAUGCUUUACCAAUAUAUGACAUUAUGAACUGGCUCUGGCUCCCUGAUGGACAAACGAAAGUUCAAAAUGUUGGAGAGGUUAAAAUGUCCGCAUUCAAUGGUGAACAGCUCACACUUGAUGGAGACAAAAUCUUCUGGAACUUUGAAUCCAAAAAGCCACCUAAAUCAGUGUGCAGCAACAACUGUCCUCCAGGUACCCGUGUGGUAAGAAAGAAAGGGGAACCUGAUUGCUGUUUUGACUGCAUACCUUGUUCUGAGGGAACGAUCAGUAAUAACAGUAAUUCCUUGGAGUGCUUCGGCUGUCCAGAGGAUUUCUGGUCCAGCCCCCAGCGAGAUCUCUGUGUUCCCAAGAAAACAGAGUUCCUCUCCUAUGAGGAACCUUUAGGGAUCUGUUUGACAACAGCCUCACUGCUGGGCACAUUCAUCUGCACUGUUGUUCUAGGGGUCUUCAUUUAUCACCGCAGAACACCGAUAGUACGUGCCAACAAUUCAGAACUUAGUUUCAACCUGUUGCUUUCUCUUAAAUUGUGCUUCCUGUGUUCACUGUUGUUUAUUGGGCGGCCCAGACUCUGGACCUGUCAGCUGAGACAUGCAGCAUUUGGGAUCAGCUUUGUGCUAUGUGUGUCAUGCAUCCUGGUUAAAACCAUGGUGGUUCUGGCUGUUUUCAAAGCCUCCAAGCCAGGAGGGGGAGCCAGUCUCAAGUGGUUUGGUGUUUCACAGCAAAGAGGAACAGUUCUAGUUCUCACUUCUGUUCAAGCAGCAAUCUGCACUGCUUGGCUCGUCUCUUCCUCUCCUUCUCCACAUAAAAACACCAAAUACCACAAUGAUAAGAUAGUUUAUGAGUGUGUAGUCGGAUCCAUUGUUGGUUUUUCAGUGUUACUCGGAUACAUUGGCAUAUUGGCUAUUCUGAGCUUUGUGUUAGCAUUUCUGGCGAGGAAUCUUCCUGACAACUUUAAUGAGGCCAAACUAAUCACUUUCAGCAUGCUGAUCUUCUGCGCUGUGUGGGUGGCCUUUGUUCCUGCGUAUGUCAGCUCACCAGGAAAAUAUGCAGAUGCAGUGGAGGUAUUUGCCAUUUUGGCCUCCAGUUUUGGUCUCUUGUUGGCACUGUUUGGACCAAAAUGUUAUAUAAUUUUGCUGAGACCAGAAAGAAAUACAAAGAAGGCAAUCAUGGGAAGAGGAGCAGAUUAAUAUAAAUAGGG